CCCGUCCUUCCCAGAUCACGCCAUGUCUCUCCUUCGCGCAUCCUCUUCAUUGCGCCGCGCGGCCGCCGCAGUGCCGAGGCGGCACUUGGCCAUCGCCUCUACCGUUGGCCAAGCUACGGAUACCAGCAAGAUGGACUUCCCGGCUCCCUCACACGUCAGCUUGUCCUCGCAAGCGGCUGAGCUUGCCAGCCAGCUCACGAACUUUUACAGCGAUCCUGAUAGCGUAAUCAAAAUCCCCGAGGAAACGCGAAAGGUCAUUCAUGCGGACAUCUCCAAGAGGAUCAGGAGCAUUCCGGACACCCCGCUCACCGAGGACUGGACCGACGCCCACAUCACCGUUCCCAGCGAGGUCCGUCUCGGUGACAACCCCUACUUUGAAGCGUUCAAGAAGGCGCGCGAAGCGUCUUAACUGUCGUUAAGUGUCUGGCCCGCGUUCAGCAUGGAUCUUGCGAUCAUCCAGACUUGUCACAGGGCAUUACGUAGAAACUGAAGGAUUUGUUAGGCUCUGUGAAAUGCUCACAUUGUAAACUUGACUUCGCGGGGUCUCUCGUCGUCCGUUCCUAUA